UCAACGCGGUUUUGAAAUAAGCCAAACUAAAACCGUACCGAUCUCCAACACACCGAGAGCACAAAGAAGAAAAUCACGUAGUGAUGAAAUGAAAAUAUGUGAUAGUGUUCGCGACAAAAUAGAAUAACGAAAACCAAAAUUUCGAAUAGUUUGUGAACUGCUUCAAUUUUGAACUAAUAGCAAAUAAAUUUUUGAACUGGAAAAACGUGAUUGUAUUUAAAAACAACAACAAAUAAUAAAUAAUAAUAUUUAAUAACAACAAAACAAGAACAUAUAAUAAUUAGAAGAAGCUUUAGGAAGAAGCCAAAAGUGUGUAGCACCCAGUUCCAGACAUGUUUUCCAAGAAGUCGUUUGUUGCUGCCAUUUUUGUCGUAUGCUACCUAGGAGCGUUGUGUGAACGUGGCAAUGCCACCUAUUGCUCACUGGAUCGCAUGAAGAAAUUGGCUAUGGAAGCCUGUGAGCAUCUUUUCGAAACAUUCGAUGUUCGGGAGAGGCGAUCCAUAGAUCAUGAACAUGGUGUGAACAGUGUUGAAACCUCAGCAAGAGAAAGAUUUUAUCAUUACGUUAGGCGUAGCUCUUAUCCGCAGGGAGGCUAUUUGAAAAUGGGUCUCAAUCACUAUCGAAAACUAAGCCAACUGGACAUCAGCCCCCGCUACAAGGCCAAGAAGUUGUCGCAAUUGCAACAGGAGGAGAAAAUGCGUUUCAAACGCAACGAGGAAAGCUAUAGCAACAGCAUUUCGUACUGCUGUUACCACAAGUGCGAUGAGGAUUUCUUUUGCUGAGGAAGUAGCAGCAGCUCUUAACCUUAUACUUAAGUCAUAAGACAUAGGAAAUCUAAGAAAUAAUUAUAGUCGAAUUAGUUGCCAUUUACUUAUUAGUCUAAGGAGUACCACAAUCUGUUGUUAAGUGAUCAAUCUGAAGCGGUAUCUUCCACAUUUUUUUUACACUCGCACGUAUGUACCUUAUUAGUAGUUUAGAUGUUGUAUUCCAUCAAUGUUGCGUUUCAUAUUCCGCCCUGCAAUGAAACCACCCACCCCCAUUAUUAUUUAUCAGUAUUAUCUGCCAUUAUGUUCUCUUGCCCCGUUUACCAUGUCCAUCGGGGUAAACAACCCAACCCCCAUCCACUGUAUUACCUACUAUUACAUUAGCCGAUUGUGAUUAAGUUGUUCUAAGUUUAGAAGACCUGUUUUGCAGUUGAUUUUUUGCAGAAGUAUAUACUGACAACUGUGAAUUUACGCUAAUAAACAAAGAGCAUGCAUAACUUUACUCUUGUAAAU